CUGGUGAACCAGUGUCAACGUUCAAUACGUCCAUACGCAGACACAUGUAGUAAACAUCAUACUUUUACCUUUAGUGAACAUUUUGUUAAGCAAACCGACGUUAUUUUUCCUGACAACGCAAUACGUGAGUCAUCUCGAGUGAGGAAACCGUUGGCAGAUGAAUUGUUUGCAGAUGAGAUGGAUAAAUACAAUUUAGUGGAUGAUCCGCCUCCGCCGUACGGUGCUGUGCCAACAGCGAAUGUGCCGCCGCCAAUUGGAUUAGCCGGCAUUCAAGUAAGACCGAUCGUCAAUUUCGGACCGAUAAAUCAACAUUGCGUGUGUCCAAAUUGUCAUGCCGAUAUUAUGACGACGGUGACAAUACGUCCAAAUUUUCGGACGCACGCAUUAGCCGCCUUCCUCUGUAUCUUUUGUUGCCCCUGCAUGUGCGUACCGUAUUUGGUGGACUCCUGUCAAAACAUUGAUCACCACUGCCCCAGUUGCAACGCCUACUUGGGAACUUACUCUUAAUUAUCAAUUUUAAAACCAUUAUGUAACAUUAGUGCACUAUGAUUACAGUUUCCUAAUCUCAUUAUAAUUUUAUAAUAAAUAUUACCUUUGC